AUGAUGAAAUUUACCAAGCAGAAUUUAUUUUUUUUAGUUAGUGGAAUGAUAAUUUAUGUAGUUGAUAUUGGAGUUGACUUCUGGGUAGCUAGCAGAUAUUUCUGUCAAGGACAAUAUUCUUGGAGUAUAUUGAUACUGUGUUUUAGAGGUCUUUCAUCAAUAAUAACUCAGAUAUUCAGUUAUGAGUGGUUUAAAAACGACUGGGAAGGUACUGAUACUGGGAAGCUGAAAUUGGUUUUUCUAGUUCAUCUCUUUCAUUGUGGAAUUUUUAUAAGGUAUUGGUUUGCUUUGAAAUAUGGUUGUCAAGCUGCGUUUAAACAAACGAGUAGCAGAGGUGCAUCAGAAGCAGACCCUUCCAACUUCAUUCAAAAACAAGUUGUUGAUGCAGUGACUGAUAUUAACAUGCUCAGGGUGUUCAAGACUUUUCUUGAGACCACACCACAACUUUUUCUUCAGAUUUACAUCCUCUUGGGACAUGGCAAAACUAAUUUCUAUCAAUAUGCUGCCAUUAUUAUGUCUUUUUGUGGUAUCUCCUUAUCAAUGGUUGAUUAUCAGAUAUCACUACGAAAAUCUCUGCCUGACAAAGAUGAAUUUCGUGUGCUUUCCAAGUUCACGUAUCUCUUCUACAAAUUGCUUACCAUCACUUCUUGGAUGCUCAGUAUUUCAUUGAUCACUCUACUAAGUGUCAGAAUUUCUGUAAUUCUACUGAUAUUUCUUUGGAUCUGUGGCUUCAGUUGGACUUUGAAACAGCAUACAACAUUUUGCAAGUCUAAGAAGAUGGAAUAUCUGUACAGAACUGUAGUUGGCAUCAUUCUAAUUUUUUCGUUUUUUAACAUAAAGGGGAGAAGAACAAAAGUUUGCAUUUCUAUUUAUUAUGCUACUCACUCUGUAGUGACUUUAGGUAUUUUCCUUGUAUAUAUGUUCUGGAAACCUUCCAUUAUCAAAGAAAUACGUUUUACAAUUGUAAGCAUCUCAACUAUUUCGAGUCUGGUGUUAGGUAUUAUUUUUCUUGUUGUGUAUUACAGCCAUUUUCAUCCCACUACUUAUUGCACACGUCAGGCAUGUUCAGAUGAAGUUGAUGAAGUGGCAUGGCAAAAAGACAGAAUGGAAACUGGUAGAUUUCAGAAUUUCUUAAUGCAAUGA